AAGCGAGUCCGAAAUAACACCCGAAUUGAGAUAACAUUUGCAAAUCAGCUGGCAAUACUCCGACCGAACGUUGUUUGCAUCCGCCCGCUAUAAAUCGGUGAAAGAAGACCUUAUCAAACUACAAAAGUAGAAACACAUCCAAGUAGUGUUUUAUAAAGUGCAAAAAUCUACUACACAAGAUGAUAUCUACCGUGGAGUACGCCGCGGCGCCCAUAAUACGGUGACGGCUGCAGCGAUCACUCGCAAGCCCACCUUGCAUGUCGCCUGACGUCAGUAGCAAUAAACUACUACAGAAAGAUUUUUUUUUUUCGAAUAAUAAUUAUCAGUGUCCAUUAUCCGAUGUGGUGGACUGCAUUAUGCCACGAAAUUCUGUGUAGGAGUGAUUAAUACUUCUGGCGUGAUCAAGCUUGAGAACAGAUUAUCAACUACUACAAAGUAGCCUAUCAGGUCACGCGUAUCACGCGAUCAAGAAUCUCCGUGUCCGAGAAGCUAGGCAGCAGGGGAGUGUCAAAUCACCCUUCUCUGAAAAGCGACGUCAUUUUCUUAAACUUAGGACUGAUGGUCUUAAGUAUUAUAAAACGUUUUGACGUAUAAAAUAACAUCAUUCCAUUCGCCAUUCGGCUGUAUGUAAAUCUGUGCAUCGGAUGAUGCGAUUACUGACCGCAAUUAACUACAUACAUAAAUAGCCAGUUUCCCGCUAACAAUAUUUUGAGGGAAUUCCAUCGAGAGUUUCCCCAACUGUGGUUUAAAUUGAGCUAGUUUCAUGUACGUGCUUCAUUGCUUCAACAGGAGCCCCAAGGAAUGGUUUGAGCAUCGGAGUCUGUGGAAGAUGAGAACAGGAUCGACCGAAAAUAAUGGCUCCACACGCGGAGGAUUGCGAAGAGGUGGAGCGAAUCAACAGGGAGGAAUACCAAGCAGUACCAGUACACCAAGGACGAAGAAUAUUACCAGUUGAAGCAUCUUCGGCACAAGCCUGGAUAGAGAACGAAGAUCUGAACCCUGGUCCUGAUAGCAGAAGCAAUAGCCCCGGCGAAAACCGUCGAUUGCUUGGGAGAAAGGCUGAAAAGUCAGGAUUGCAAUCUGGGCUCACCCUCGGGGUCUGGAAACAAUCCAAAUGUUCAUUAAGCAAGACGGUGAUAAAACCACAAGCAAAGACCAAGUUUCAGAAACGAAAGGAAAUACUCAUUCAAGCUUUGCGGCCCCCAUACUUCAUCAUCAGCAUUAUCAUUUUUAUUGCGGCAUUGCACUUGUGCGGACCCAGAGAAUGGCGGGCUUGGUUAGAGUGGGCACCGGGAGCAUGGUGGCAGGAGCCCUGGCGCCUGAUCACCUACGGCUGCGUGCACGCCGGCACCGCCCAUCUCGCUAUCAACGCACUCGUCGCUCUGGCAGUCGGGUGGCGUCUCGAGCGCGAACAAGGAUGGGCACGUGUGGCGAUCCUUUGGAGCGGCGGUCUAGUGGCGGGCGCCUUAGGGACGGGAGCGCUGCAACCACGGGUGCAUGUCGUGGGUGCUUCCGCCGCUGUCUACGCGCUUCUCACGGCGCACCUGCCCAACGUGUGUUUGAGGUUCGGCCACAUCCCUCUAUGGUGGUUCCGACCGCUGAGUGUCGUGGUGCUAGGCGCUUCAGAAGUGUGGUGGGCGGUAGUGCGGGCAGGUGGUGGAACGAGUGACUCGGGCUACCACGUGGCGUGGGCGGCGCAUGCGCUCGGCGCCGCUUCUGGUCUGCCGCUCGGCUUUCUCAUUUUUAACGGCGAAAACAGCGGCGACAGGAGAAUAGUAUGGUGCAAAAUAUUAUCAAUGUGCGCAGUAGCGGUGGCCGUGACGUCGGCAACGAUACACUUCACGUACUGGUACGACGCAGACCACUACAGCUGAAGCCGGCUCUCGCUCCUCGUGAUGAAGAGGAUGCGCUACAAUUCCCUACUGACGAUUCCCUAGAUAUGAGGGUAGACAGACAUAUCGAGACUGAAGCAUACACAGACAGAAGUUGUCACUUUAACUUUAACGAUAUAAUUUGUAAAACUGUAUUUCAUGUAGUUAUUUCCUCUGCCGAACAGGUUUAUUCUUUUUUUACACCUAUACAGUGUUAUUGACAACUAUUGAAUCAUCGAAGCUCUCCGUUGUACCAAUAAUAAGAUUUUAGUAUUUUUUUGGUUGGUAAAGGCCCGGUGUUUAUAUAAAUUGUUACAAAACGAGCGUUGGAAAGGUCUUCCCGUGAGUCAGACAUAUUUUGGACGAUGACUCUGAUAGGUCUAACUUAAUUCCGUACUUAAGUGUAGGUACUUCUUCAAAAACAUUACUAAUCUCUGAAAGAGGUUUUGUGUGUGAUAUUAUGUCUUAAUAGUACGUUAAAUCUGUAUGUAACAUGGUUUAAAAAAAUAGGAUUAGAGAUAAAUUCACCAUUAGCAUCGUUUUUAUGGAAAAUAUACUGUAGUUAUUAUGUUAUAAACAUAACAAUGUAAGGUUAUAUCGUACGUUCCAUAUUAAAAGCCUGACUUUUGAAAUAAAAUGUUAAACUUUAUAAUUUUUUGUAAAACAUAUAUGCUAUUACUGAUUUUAACGUCUUAUGAUAGUGUCGAACGUGUCAUCACUCGACUUAGAUAUUUCGGUUUUGAUAACUAAUAGAGUCAGGCGUCAGGAUCAGGAGUUUGAAAACGCGAUUUCUAUGAAAUCUCAGAAUUGUGUUUUGUAUCAAAACGCUCGAGCGACUUAGGAAUUGAAAGUGUACAUAAAUAGAAGUAAGUGUUUCGAUUACCAAAGAAAUUAUUAAUCUAGUCUUUAUUAUUGACUAAGUCCAAAAUUUAUCUCUUUAUAGAUUAAACGACUCGUUGCCAGUUCAGGCCCUAAUAUUAUUAUUAGUAUAAAGUACUUUUUAUAUUUUCAAUAAAAGUGAUCCUUU